AUGAAGGCCGGUCAUGCGUACAGGCUACCCGAUGAGGAGCUGUGCACUGAAGAGCAUGCCCACAACCUGCAAGCAGUGGCAGCUAAAGGCGAUGACCCAACAAACGGGGUUGUAGCAGCCGCAGGUCCGGGUGUGCACUCACAGAAAACUGUUGUUGGCUUGGCAUGCUGGAUUAGCCGGCACGGCGUUCAGAAAGCAAAUCUCACAUUCGCAAUGCCUGGGGCGGUGGUAGCUGCACUGGCUUUCUUGCCUGGGCGUGCGUUCCUUGCUGGCGGAGUGAACCUGCGUGCAAUGGUUGUGGCAUGCAUCUGGAACUUGAGUGAUGCAGGCACAGCCCGAGAGAUUUGCGAAGUGCGCUUAGACAUGCGACCUGGGCUGCGUUGCCUGGCCAUUGGACACGAUGGGAGUCAGCGGCAUCGUGAGGUUCAAAAAGAAGAGGUGCGGCGAUCCUCUCCUGCAGCAGUCAAAGAGCCAAGAACCAGAAGGCCUUCUCAGGGAGGCCUUUUUCCACCGUUGGAGUCUUUACCAGCUGCAGUGCUGGCAAGCAGUGGAUCAGAUUCGCGAAUCGUUGUGCACGAAGUCCGCUGUGGCUUUCGUACCUUCUUUGACAUCAGCGAACCUACAGAUACAGACUUAAUGCCACGGAGGCAGCUCUCACAAUUGGCUCCAACUGUGCUGCGCUUUGCAGAUUCUGGACGUUUGUUGGCUGCUGGGGACAACGCAGGUCGAGUUCACCUCUUCGUUCUGGGGCGACACAGGGCAGAAAAUGACAUGGUGCAGAUGCGCGUGCAAGCCCAUCGAGUUCUUUCCUUGAAUGGGCAUGUUUGCGAUAUCAUCUUGAAAGGUGAGCAGUUAUACAAGGCUGUUUGCUUGCAGAGCAUGCUGGACUCGCAUCCCAAACACCAAGAGCCUUUGCAUGGAGAUCGGGCGGUGCUAGUGUAUGAUCUCCUCAAUCCGUCGCUUGAGUUCAUGCUGCCUGACUUGAAGAUGAAAGCAGAAGACGCCAGCUCUGCAUUUGGUGCCCAGCUGGAGAUGUUGCCCAGUUUGUUGCACCAACAGUUACCUGGUUCAGGCUGGACGCUGCUGCACUGCUGCGCUUGCCGUGGCCAGGCGCAACAUGCACGGCUGCUCGUCCGGCUCUCGGCCUCGCCUUUCCAGCGGGACGCUUUGGGUCGGAAUGCACUGGAUGUUGCUCUGCAACACCAUGAAUUUGGGGUCGUGGAGGAUCUCAUGAUGGUUUUGAUGGAGCAGAAGCAUAGCGCAGAUUAUGGCCAUGCUUGGGAUCAAUUUGGCGAGAACGUGGAAAUCCUUGGCCGAGCACUUCUUGCAUCCAGCUUGCCAGCAGAGCAUCAGGCUUUGACGCAAACGGUGGUCCGUCUGUUGCGUCACAGAAUGGCAACCCUCCCGGACUUUCUCGACACGGUGUGCUGCGGCAUGCCGCGGCACUUUGAGGUCACAAGGGCCGGAGAGAAGCUGGAAGUUCUGCCAUCGCGGGCCGCCUUGAAGGAAUGCGACUUCGUGAUUCGCGCCUACAGUGCGCCAGUUUACCGUCCAGAAGCUCCUGAAUUUCAAGGCUUGGUGCCAACCUCUGAGGAUGUCCACACGCCUGAGCGGCCAGUGGAGAUCCGAGUAUGGUAUCUACGAGGCGCGCUUGAUGAGGACGUCGGCCUUAUACCAGCGCUGAAGGAGUCGGAGCAGGAAGAAAUCAUGCGGACCAAGUUUGUUCAUGUCCUUCUUGAAGAGCAGUGGGCAAAAGUGGGCCGCAGGCAGUUCCGUCUUGAGCUGGUAGUGUACUUGACGUAUCUCGUUGGCUUCGCGGGAUGGUGCAUCACUGGGCGUGCAAGCUGUGCGGAGCCUGGCCCACCGGACGAAGCCCAAGACUUCAACAACUUGAUUGGCUUUGCCUUCCAGAUGUUCCGCGUUGCGCUGGUGAUCUUCCAGCUCUUCUUUCUUUUUGAGGAGUGGAAGCAGCUCAACUAUGAGGUUCGCAGGGCAGAAGCCAAAACCAUGGUCGACAAGAUGCGGGCAGUGCUAGGUUACUUCACGACCUGGAACAACUUGGAUAUUGUCCGGAUUGCUUUGAUCAGCACAGCUGUGGUUUGGAGCGUUUUGGACCGUGAAGGUGUCUUCCUUGGGGAUGGGAAGAACCUCCUUGCCGUGACUACCGUCUUCGUAUGCUCAAGGCUCAUCAGCUUUCUUCGCGCGUUUCCCAACACUGGCCACCUUGUGAGGACUUUGAUCACGAUCUUUUGGGACUUGGGCGUGUUCUUGCGGCUCAUGGUCUUGAUGCUGCUGACAUUUGUCUUCGCCUUCCUCUUGCUUUAUGACCAGCCCUUCUCAUUGGAGGGCAUUGGUGGAACGAUGUGGUAUGUUUACGUCCAUGGCGUCUUUGGCGAUGCUGAUGAUGCACCGCCUGGUGGUGAUGAUUCGUCCUGGGUAGCACGUCUCCUGUUGAUGAGCUGCGUUGUGGUAAUGCUGGUUGUGAUGAUGAACUUUCUGAUUGCAAUCAUGGGUGACAGCUACGACAAGGUGCAGGAACGCGCUGAGGAAGCACGCAAUUUCAUGAGACUAGAGCUGGUUUAUGAGGCAGAAGUUGCGAAUGUCAUUCCCAAGAGACGUCAGCAGAAGAAGGCCUACGUUUUCACUUGCGAAGGUGUCCGCUAUGCUGGCGGUGGGCUGCAAGCCUCGCAGCAAGAGGCAAGUCGUUGGGAGGGUCGUGUGCGGCAGGUGGAGAAAGCAGUUCGGCGCGAGACACGGCAGACUUGGAUCACGUUGACCGAGCAGUCUGGCCAACUCGCUGCCAUUGAAGACCGCAUUUACGCUUUAGAGUCGAAUGUCAACCAAGGCCAUGCUCGACUCCAAGAAACCCUCGAGCGGCUGCUGGAUCAGGUGAAGAAUGAUCAUCGGCCCAGUGGAGAAAGUCCUCGGCCCAGUGGAGAAAGAGAGGAGGUAUCCCAGAAAGUCCCUGCACUAUUGCAGAGUGUAUUCCAGUCACCACGUGAUGGAAAAGGAGAAGGAGAGACAGCUGGAUGA